AUGUCUACCGCUCAGGAGCUCUCCAACAUUUCCUCGGACUUGAUCUGGGAGAUCGUCCGUGACAACAACUGCUUCUCUGCCAAGAGCAAGAAGAACGGCGGUGUUCAGUUCUCCCGAGACCCCCUCAACUUGACCAACAAGACCUCCCGCAAGCACGCCGGUUUCGUCAACGACAAGGCCCUCGGUAUCUCCUCCGGCGAGAAGGGUGCUGUUGUUGUCACCUCCAAGAAGGCCCAGCCCAACAAGCCCGCCCAGAACCUUGUCAACACCACCUACAGCGGCUCCAAGAGCAACCGCAAGACCUUCCAGGCUGUUGCCAACCAGACCGCCAAGAACGGCUACCGUGCUGACCUCCGCUCCGCUGCUGUCGAGCGUGUUUCCGCUAUCAAGCGAACCAACAAGCCCGUCAAGCCCGAGCCUGAGCAGAAGCUCCGUGGCAACAAGGCCAAGAAGGCCGCUGCUGCCACCGAGGAGAACUAA